UGAGAUUUUUCUAUUAUUCAUUGAAUUUGCAAUAAAUGAAUAAAAUGGAGGAUUUAAUCACUUCCUCAAUCCUCAUUUCCCUGGUUCUCCACAAUAUACAGGAUCAGAAGGAGAAUUGAUGGCGCGAAGCAUCUCCUACAUCACAGGUACUCAGCUUCUCUCCAUGAAACGCCGCCCAAAUAUAGCCAUUAUAGAUGUCAGGGAUGAUGAGAGAAGCUACGAUGCACAUAUAGCUGGUUCGCUGCAUUACGCUAGCAACACAUUCUCUGAGCAAAUUCCCAAUCUCAUACAAGAGGUCAAAGGGAAAGAUACCCUUGUGUUCCAUUGUGCUCUUAGCCAGGGUAUCCCUUGCAGUUUUUCCUUUUUGGAUCUCCUGCUUCUGUUCUGUAUAUGGUUUACAGAUGAAGAAUUCUUCUCGUUGGACUGUGUGCAUCAAACUAAGUUGUUAUUGAGAUAGAUGGAAUUCUGGAGAAUACUACCAGGAAAUAUUAUACAUAUUGUGUUUGUUGAAAUGUUAAACUGGAGCUCAUGUCUGGCCUUCUGAGAAGGAGCAGGUAUGGUUGAUCAUAAAGAACCUGCAACCUCAAUGUGAACAUUAUCUAUAUACCCAGCCUCUCACAGCCCUUCAAUGAAGUUCGGCAAACGAUGCUGACUAACUUUUGUCAAGAUUGUUUUGGGAGAACAUGGUACCCCAACAUAACUAGUCUUUGGAUCUCAAAAUCAUUUAUUUCAAGAAGAAAUUUGUUGCUGAGUGGGAGUUGUGAAAACAUAUAGCACUGUGAAAGCCCACUUUCUGGUUGUAUACAACUAUUUUGUGAAGUGCUUGUAUGCUACCCUGUUUUGUCAAGAGACUGGAAAGGGUGCAGUUCCUUA